ACACGAACAGAAGCCCGGCGCAAAAAUCUCCUUAUUUUGAUUUUACAUUAUUUAACGGAAGAAGGGUACGUAGAUGCUGCUAACGCACUGGAACAAGAAACGAAAUUUGGGCUGUGCCGCUUUGAAGUGUGCGACAACGUCGAUCUGGAGACCAUUUUGAUGGAAUAUGAAAGCUACUACUACGUCAAGUUCCAAAAGUACCCCAAGAUUACCAAGAAAGUUGUUGACUCCAGUACGUUGCGUUUGUCUCAAGGCCAAAUCAUUGAUUUCCGUGGCCUGAUCCAGGAUGCUAUCAAAGGGGCGUCCAGUGAAAUCUCCCUACACAGUUUUAACUGCAAUCCAGAUCCUUCGGAACGGCUGUUAAAACCUUUGGGCGCCUUCCUUGGGAUGACAGCUGAAAUGAGGGAGCUUGCAACGGUUAUCAGUAAGGAUAUCUACCUUCAGAACCCCAACGUGAAGUGGAACUGCAUCAUCGGACUUGACGCAGCCAAGCGGUUGGUCAAGGAAGCUGUUGUGUAUCCCAUCAGGUACCCUCAGCUGUUUACAGGCAUCCUUUCUCCUUGGAAGGGACUUCUGCUAUAUGGGCCUCCGGGUACUGGAAAAACUUUGCUGGCUAAAGCUGUUGCCACUGAGUGCAACACAACAUUCUUCAACAUCUCCGCAUCCACCAUUGUCAGCAAAUGGAGAGGCGAUUCAGAGAAGCUUGUCAGAGUGUUAUUUGAACUUGCCCGCUAUCAUGCGCCUUCCACAAUCUUCCUGGACGAGCUGGAGUCGGUCAUGAGUCAGCGAGGCACGGUUCUUGGUGGUGAACACGAAGGGAGCCGGCGGAUGAAAACAGAAUUAUUGGUGCAGAUGGACGGCUUGGCUCGCUCCGAUGACCUUGUCUUCGUUUUAGCCGCUUCCAACUUACCCUGGGAACUGGAUUAUGCCAUGCUGCGCCGACUGGAGAAGAGGAUUCUGGUCGACCUCCCCAAUCAAGAGGCCCGGAAAGCCAUGAUCCAGAAUUGGCUUCCCCCCGUGAGCAACAGUGGAGGAGUGGAGCUGAGGACGGAGCUGGAUUAUACUUUGCUCAGCCAGGAGACGGAAGGCUACUCGGGUUCUGACAUUAAGUUGGUUUGCAAAGAGGCAGCCAUGCGCCCUGUGAGAAAAAUCUUCUGCGCCCUUGAAAAUCAUCAGGCAGACAGUGGAGACUUACCGGUGAUCCACUUGGACACAGUCACAACUGAAGACUUCCUGGAUGUCAUUUCUCAUACCAAGCCCUCUGCUAAGAACUUAAGUCAAAGAUACGUUGAUUGGCAAAGAGAAUUUGAGUCGGUUUGAGCUUAGUUUAAGAUCUGGAACAAUCAUCCAUGUUUCCAGCUCCUCCACCCCACCCAACCCAUUUCUUAAGAGUUUUGGGGUCUUUUUAAAAAACAAAGAGGAGGAGAAACGUGUCACUUUUCAAACUGGAUACUGAGUUUUGAUGAUGGAGAAGAGGCCACCAAUGGUUACUUAGAGAAACCUCCUUAUAUCUUUUCAGUUUUAGACUCAUACGCACAACAGAAAAAAAAAUAUUUUAGCACUUUUGCCCUUUUUAAUUUUUGUAAUUAAACAUGACCGGCCAUUUUUAUUCUCGUAUCAGCUAGAAGAUUUUGGGAUCUGUUUGGCUGGCUUAAUAUUUGCUGCUACACUUUUCUUCCUUAGUGGAAGCAGAUAGUAGGACGUGAUUAAGAAAGACAUUAAUUGGGCCUUCUUGGGCAUCCUUGUAUUAAACCGGUAGAUUUUGAAGAAUAUCCUUGAAG